AUGGCUUGCAAUCACGCCAGUGCUGCGGUUGACACUCGCGACGACGAGAACACUCCCCUUGCUGUGGUUGCUACGCAGGGCUCGGGAAACAUCAAUACCGUUGAUACGACUCACUUCAAUACCAAUGACAUCUUUCGCUUCACCAACCUUCCGGUUGAGCUUCAGAACAAGAUCAUCGGAUAUGCUAUGAUGGCAACAGACAAUGAGAUCAGAUUUCCGUGCCUUACCAAUCUCAGCUAUAGACCCAAUAUCACUGUCGGUCUAUUGCUUGUCAAUCACCGCAUUUACCACGAAGCACAUUAUCAAGUCCGCAAGCAGAACACCUUUAUCUUUAGCAAUUUCGGCUCUGACAUAAAAUCAAUGGCAUCGAGCAUUGGGCCUUUCAAAUGUCGCUCUGGAAAUUGCGGACACGGUGCUCUCCAUUCAGUGCUUGCGAAGGUCACAUUCGACUUGGGAGAUGAGCAGUUGCCUAGUUAUGCAAAUGACACAGUCCACGCCUUUGGAUGCGCCCUUCGAUAUCUCCGUUCUAAUAUCACUAUUAGCUCUCUGCACAUCCGCCUUGCCUAUCAUACAUUUAACGACAGCACCGGGCUUACUUGGUUUGCUACCGCUUUGAGUAAGAUCAAAGUCCAAGACAAACUCACUAUUAUUGGCGACGAGACGUAUCUAGACAUGAGCUUCGGAGACCUCCCCAGCAAUCUUGGCAUGGAUGUAUCACCAGUGUACACGCAUUUGCAGGCUUACAAUCCAAACAUCCAAUAUUCGCCUGGGUGGUUCCUCCAUCAGUACGUGCCAAAAAGGCGCGUCGGCACGAACGCUGAUACUCAGCCUACACAUGUCGUCGUCGAUUCGAAAUACCUCUCGGAGAUAGCAAAGGCAUUCGAUGCGCAACAUGAUGGAUAG